AUGGAGUUGCACGCAUUUGUGAAGCAGUUCUCGUAUCGAACUGAAAGGUCAAGCGCAAGAAGAAUUAACAAAUUAAAGAUUUUUAAGAUACUAAAGUAUUGUGACAUUCAUACAUACUCAAAAAAAGAUCAAGUCUAUGCAAGGCGUCAAGGGAUGACAAAAGUGGUAGCUGGACCGAUUUUAGGUAAUUAUGUGGACACCAAAAGAAUAUACACUCCCAACGAUAUUGUUUCUGACAUGAUGAGGGAGCAUGGGAUUUUACUAAAUUAUCAUCAGGCAUGGCGUGCAAAAAUCAAAGCAGUUAAUAUUCUGCGCGACGAUCUUACCCAGUCAUAUCAAAAGAUACCAGGGAUGAGAAUAUUGCAGGCCAAUUAUUGUAGUCGAUGGGGCAGCUCUAAAAGCAGUUUACGGUGGAACUAUACUGACUGCGAGCACGUUGGAUCCAGGAGAAAGUGCAGCUGUCGAGAAUUUCAAUUAGACGAAAUACCAUGCUCUUAUGAUAUGACUGCUAUUACGUAUAGAAACCAACAUGGUGAGAACUAUUUCUCACCUUACUACAACAACAAAAAUUUCAGAGAUGCUUAUGUCAUACCAGUUGAACCUCUUCCUUAUGAAAGUACAUGGGAAAUAUCACGUGAAGUGUUGGAUGAAGUUGUAUUGCCACCUGAUUCAAAAUGA